AGCAGGUCCUGUCCCUAGGAGAUAAGACCGUCCUGGACGGCAGGUGCGGAUUUCCCAGCAGCUCAGUCAAGAGCCCGAGGCUUGUGCCGUCCGAUCCCAAUGUCCGGAGAGAGAGCCAUGUGCGAGCUUGAAUUUGGCAAUGGCAAGGCCAGGGAGCCGAGCGUGGGAGGCAGAUGGCAAGCGUCCUGGUACGAACGCUUGGUGCAGCCUUGCCUGGUUGAACUGCUGGGCUCUACCCUCUUCAUCUUCAUCGGGUGCCUGUCGGUCAUCGAGAACGGGAUGGACACUGGGGUGCUGCAGCCUGCCCUGGCCCACGGGCUGGCUUUGGGGCUCGUGAUUGCCACGCUGGGGAAUAUCAGUGGUGGACACUUCAACCCUGCGGUGUCCCUGGCAGCCAUGCUGAUCGGAGGCCUCAACCUGGUGAUGCUCCUCCCGUACUGGGUGUCACAGCUCCUCGGGGGGCUGCUCGGGGCUGCCUUGGCCAAGGUGGUGAGUCCCAAGGAGAGGUUCUGGAAUGCAUCUGGGGCGGCCUUUGUGACGGUACAGGAGCAGGGGCAGGUGGCAGGGGCGUUGGUGGCAGAGAUCAUCCUGACGAUGCUGCUGGCCCUGGCUGUAUGUAUGGGUGCCAUCAAUGAGAAGACAAAGGGCCCUCUGGCCCCGUUCUCCAUCGGCUUCGCCGUCACCGUGGGUAUCCUGGCCGGGGGCACUGUGUCUGGAGGCUGCAUGAAUCCCGCCCGUGCUUUUGGACCUGCGGUGGUGGCCGGCCACUGGGACUUCCACUGGAUCUACUGGCUGGGCCCACUCCUGGGUGGCCUGCUUGUUGGACUGCUCAUUAGCUGCUGUUCUCUCCGCUGCCACAUGGCGCUGAAGAGGUUCUCAGAGAUGGUAUACACUACAGCAAAGUCACAAAGACGGCUUCGAAGACUUUGUCUUCAAAGAGGGCUCCUUUACAUAUAA